AUGACUAGUAUAUUAUUGCCACUGCAGUUUCAAGAACUAUCUGGACUUGAAGAACGCCAAAUUAGUUUUAUAGAACAAUCAGUGACGGUAGCCCUCCAAAAGAACGCUAAACUCAUCAUUGCUGUGGAAUGUCAAGAAAUAAAAUCAAAUUCUAAAUGCAUUGAUGCUAUUUGGGAGCGGGUUCAAGCUUUUCUGGGAACAAUCUAUGUUGUUCAGUUAAACAAGUCUUAUCAGGCCGAGAAACCUCUGUUUGACUGUAAUGUCGUGUUUCAGGAUAUAUGCGCUUAUCCUGUGCAUCUUGAAUCUUACAUUACUACAGUAUGUUUACCUGAACAAGAUUCUGACAGAGUUAGCCAUUGGAACACUAUAAGAACAGAUUCACCUUUAGCUUGUCAUGUCUUAACCGAUAACCAUGAUACCAGACAUGGCAAAUUGAUAGAAAAUACAGGUCCUAUUGAACCUUUGGUGUUUGAUCGUGUUGCUGUUGGUGGAACAUUUGAUCAACUUCACGCUGGUCAUAAAAUUCUCUUGACCAUGACAGCAAUUUUAGCAAAAGAGAGUAUGGUGGUAGGUGUUACAGACGAUUGCAUGUUGUUAAAGAAGAAACAUAGGGAUCUAAUUGAACCAACUGCAAAAAGAGUAGAACUGGUAAAGAGCUACUUAAACCUUGUCAAAAGAAGUAUCACGUAUGAAGUCGUACCUAUCACUGAUCCAUUCGGACCUACUGUCACUGACCCUACGAUUGAUGCACUUGUUGUUUCUAAGGAAACUCUUAAAGGCGGCGAUUUAGUCAAUAGUGAGAGAGAUAUGCGCGGAUACCCUCCCUUAGAGUUACGAAUUAUAGAUGUGAUUUCAUCUGAAAACUCGUCUGUUCAGGGUAAAGAUAUGGAUGUUUUGAAGAUUAGUUCGAGUUGGAUUAGAGAGUACAUUGCAAAGAAAAGAGAUUUGUAA